GACCUUCUUCCCGCAAAAUGCAAUAGGAAUUCACCUCCAUCAUCUGACCUACAACCAACAAAAUCAAUCAUUUAUGCCUGACCCAUCCCCUUCCAACCGGACACACCCAUGUCCGAACCGCGUCGCGCCAGCCAAAUCAGCCAAAGCUCCCUCAUCAGCUACCGCAGCGUAGCAUCCAGCCCCAGCCCUGAAGAUGUCGACUCGCCGCCGCGACAGAACUCGCCACAGACGCCGCCGCAGGGCUCACCGCACCCGCGAUCCCCGCCCGUUCAUCGCGUGCAUUUCGGCUCGGAUAUGAGGUUUGAGUAUGGCGAUACGGAGGAUACGGAAGACACGGAGCAAGAAACACAAGAAGGGGGAGAGGAUAGAUUCGAUGAGAAAUACGAAGAUGAUGAUGAGGGAGAGCCUGCGAGUGGUGGUUCGCACCCGAGACAGGGUUCGCUCGUCUGGCAGACUGAGUUACCUCAACGGGAGAUGCCGAGUGAGACGGGUCGUGGGCGGAGAGCGUCGUUCCUGGCGAAGGUCAGCGGGAUCAGACAUUCGGUAGUGGACCGGACCAGGCAGAUUGCAGCGAAAUUGGGACGACCGCCGGGAGACGAUGAGGAUGCGAUGAUGAAGUCGACGACGUCGUUGGUGGGAUCUGAAACGCCACGGUCUGAGACAACAUCGCAGGGUCAGAGCUCAACCAGCUCGGAGGCACACCGGUUGGUGCGCGAGAUGACCCACGAACAGAUUCAUCGAAAUAGUGCCCAUCAUCUUGGCCACCCCAAUCACCAGAAUGAAGAUCCAGAACUGUCGGCGUUUGCUGGUGGAGGAGGCAUUCUGUCGCAUUUACUUCGUCUGAGUACAACCGCGAAUGCGGUAGAUAAUCAGCGCAGUCUCUCGUCGACAAGUCCAGGUACACCGGCACUACUCUCUGGCAGCACACCAGGAACGGGCACAAUGACGCCUCGAAAAGAAAAGCCGAAAUGGUAUCGCAAACAACAGCAACAGAAUACAUCCACCCCGACCCUCAUCCCCAUGGCAAACAGCACUAUUCCGUCGAUGAAUGUCAGCGGUGCCAGCACACCAGUGUCUAGCGAGGUCCUGACGGCCGCAUCCAAACGCCGGAGCAAGCACUCUAGUGGAGCUAUGCGUCUAGAAGAUGAGAUCCAGGUGACAUUGCAGAUCGCGCAGAUUAUCGCGCGUCAAAGAUACAUCAUGCAGCUCUGCAAAGCCCUGAUGCGUUUCGGGGCGCCAACCCACCGGCUCGAAGAGUACAUGCAUAUGACGGCCAAGGCGCUCGGCGUCGAGAGCCAGUAUUUGUAUGUUCCAGGCUGCAUGAUCAUGUCGUUCGACGACGCCGCGACCAGAACCGCCGAAGUGAAACUCGUUCGGGUCGUACAAGGUGUCGACCUCGGGCGACUCGCUGACACGCACAACGUAUACAAGAACGUAGUGCAUGACGUAUAUGGCAUCGAGGAGGCCAUCCACGAGCUCGAGGAGAUCAUGAACAAGAGUCCCCGGUUCAACAAAUGGAUUAUUGUCUUCGUCUACGGACUCGCGACCGCCAUGGUCGGUCCGUUCGCCUUCAAUGCCCGCCCAAUCGACAUGCCCGUCAUCUUCUUCAACGGAUGCCUCCUUGGUGUCAUGCAGCACGUUAUCGCACCGCGCUCCGUUCUCUACUCCAACGUUUUCGAGGUCUCUGCUUCGGUCCUCACCUCUUUCAUCGCCCGAGCCCUCGGCAGCAUCAUCACCUCCUGGCCCAAGGGCUCGCCCGACCGCCUCUUCUGCUUCUCCGCUAUUGCCCAGUCUUCCAUCGCCCUCAUCCUCCCCGGCUACACCGUCCUCUGCAGCAGUCUGGAACUGCAAAGCCACCAGAUCGUAGCCGGAUCCAUCCGCAUGGUAUACGCCAUCAUCUACUCUCUCUUCCUCGGCUUCGGCAUCACGGUCGGCACCACCAUCUACGGGCUCAUCGACCGCGCCGCAACCUCGGACACGACAUGCCCUACCGCUGGCGCCUUCCCAGACCCCUACCUCCAACGAUUCCCCUUCGUCGUGGCCUUUUCCCUGUGCCUGAUGAUCGUGAACCAAGGGAAAUGGAAACAAAGCCCAGUCAUGGUCAUAAUCGCCCUAGCGGGCUACGUAACCAAUUACUUCGUCACGAAACGACUCGGCACAACAUCCCAAGUAGCCAACACCGUCGGCGCAUUUACCAUCGGCGUCAUUGGCAACCUGUACAGCCGGCUCUGGCAUGGCCAUGCCGCCGCAGCCAUCCUGCCGGGGAUUUUUGUACUCGUGCCGAGCGGGCUAGCGGCGACGGGGUCGCUGGUCACGGGCGUAGAGACAGCGGAUGAAACGAGGUCGAAUGCCACUGGGCAUGGGCAGAACCAGGCGCAGGGCACCGGGUCGACGCAUGAUAUGUCGGUGCAGGUGUUAGGGUAUGGUAUGGUGCAGGUAGCUAUUGGGAUCACAGUAGGACUGUUUGUCGCGGCGUUGGUGGUUUAUCCUUUCGGGAAGAGAAGAUCGGGACUGUUUAGCUUUUAG